UUCGUAAAGGUGAGUCACUCAGGGGACUUCCGCAUUUUUCGAGGGGACGUCGACAUACGCCGUCGCGAGCUGAAACCUAAGACACCAGUGGAGAAUAAAAGGUGAGUUUUUACGUAGAUCAGGCUACAGAUUUUUACCAUAAGGUAUAAGGUAUGACAUACAGUUGACAAUACAGAACACUGUACACGCACUUCGCACCUAGCGGGGCUUAAAACUCUUCGAAGCAAGAAUGUACAUGUUUCUGAUUUGCUAGCCUACCGCCCCCCUCCCCCAUCCCGUUGCAAAAAUGAUAAAGAUUCACCUUUGUCUCCUCUUCCUUUUGCUUAAAGAAACAUUCACGAGAGUUUUAAAUGGUUCUGGACUGGUACACACUCUGCUUCUUCAUUAACUGGUGCCAAAUUAUUACAGAGGAUGCCAUCCAUAUAAUCAAUGUCCUAACGUAAUUGUAUAUAUACAUUCAGCACGUCCAUGAUUCGUGCAAUUCUUAUUCUCUCUCAGGUCAAUGAGCCCGAGUGCCUUCGACAAAGCAUAACAUAAGCAAUAUUGGUACCAUGAAGAACUGUACGACAAUGUGAGGACACUGUUGGUCAUAAUCUUCUAUAUCGUGCUUGUAAGGAAGCAAGAUCAAAGAACAGAUUCUGAUUGCUAAGCAAAGAAACCCUGUCAGGAGGAACAAAAAUGUCACACACCGAGCUGUCUACAGUGGUGGACGAAUUUCGGGAACUAGACUUAAUCUUUAAAAGCGGUUCUGAUCUGGAUGUUGUAGAGAGGGGAUACGCACGGAAGUUGGUUCACGCUAUAAGUACUCAAAAUGAGGUUUUGGAGUGUGAAGCCUUGAAAGGUCUCGGAGACUUGUACCUGCACAAAGCAAAGAUGAAAAAACAUAAAGCAGAAAACUUCCACAAGGCCUGCUCGUUGUACACAGAACUUUUACGGUAUUACACUAGUACUGAGGAGAAGCAAGUUGUACAGCAUCGCAUCAGAUAUGCAGAGAAAUGUACGAAACUGGUCCAUGAUCAAAAGGUUCUAAAAGCGUGUGCUACGAAUACAGGCAAUACCAUAUUGGCUGUGUCCAAAACCCUUCACGAAGUGAGAAAGAAGCCCAGGUUGAAAGGACAUGGUACGGUGCCCUUGAUUGAAGGUUAUACAAAUUCUUUGGUAAAAGCAAUCGUGGAAGGGAACAAACGUUUGGAAAUAGAAUCCUUGAAGAGCCUGGGAGAUGUGUACCUAGAGAAGGGAAGGGUUGGUAAGGACGAGACAGCGUUCAGUAAAUCAGCUGGUCUGUACCGAGCGGCGCUGGACCGCUGUGAAGAUUCAGACGGCAGAGAAACGCUAAGACACCGCAUCAAGUACGCAGAGAAAGUCAAGGAAAAAGAACGCAAGAAACGCCGAGAAUCGGGACGAACCAGAAACAAGAAAGUUGGAAACAGCAGCAAAGACAAACAGGAAGUCACAGACAGAACGUACCAAGACCAGCUACAGGAGGGCUGCAGGGCCCUGCAGACAGGGGACCUGGACACGGCAGAACGGAACUUUGCAGCAGCGCUCAAGGCCGUUCAUGGGAAAGGUCAGCACUGGAAUGAGACAGAGCCCCUUUGCAAAUUAAGCGAUGUCUACCUAAAGAGAGGAGAGAAGUCAAAAGACGGAGGUGAUUUCACCAAGGCUGCAGCACUCAGUAACGCAGCACUGGUGAGAGCAAAGAUAGAACACAGAGAGGGCAUCAAGAAAACAUGCCAGGAAAUAACACAAUCUUUUGUUAAGCACGUCCUGAGUAUCGACCAAACGGUACCCACGGAUGACGUAGAGAAACACAAAUCAAUGUUAACAGAAUGCCGCUGCUAUGUGGAAGAAGAAAUCAAAAGAAUUGAGCAGCAGAUAGAUCCUUACAGCCUAGAUGACAACGACCCAGAGACAAUGGAAGUAGAGAAGAAGAGAGUGGAAGCAAACAAAGCCCUGUUUGACACUAUUGUUCAUCAGCGAAAAUCAUUCAUAUCUGACCUUGUAGAUGAGUGUAUGGAGGUUAUGGGUCCCCCUCCCUGUAAGUACGCCAUGAUAGGACUGGGUUCACAGGCCACAGGACUAGUAACACCAUACUCCGAUCUGGAGUUUGCUAUUUUGAUAGAGGAGGAAACAGAAAACAGUCUAGAAUACUUUAAAAACCUCACAUAUUACCUUCAUCUCAAAGUGAUCAAUCUAGGGGAAACCAUUCUCCCGGCCAUGGCGAUCAAGUCUCUCAAUGACUUCGAGUCAAAGAACAAGCUUGACAACUGGUUCUUCGACUCUGUAACGCCACGUGGCUUUUCUUUCGAUGGAGCCAUGCCACAUGCAUGUAAAACCCCACUAGGGAGAGGUAAAACAUGCCUCCUUAUUCGUACACCACACCACAUGAUGGGUAACGCCUGCGGUAAACUUGGUGAUCAUAGAAAGGCUGUCAGCUAUCAAGCGCAGUCACUACAGAUGAGGCGGAGUAUUCAUGGUAAGAACACUGAACAUCCUGAUAUCGCCUGGUCACUUAACAACUUGGGUAAUGCCUGGAGUGACCUUGGUGAUUACAGAAAGGCCGUGAGCUAUUAUGAACAGGCACUAGAGAUGAUGCGGAGUAUCUAUGGUGAGGGCAACGCACACCCUGAUAUCGCCUCGUCACUUAACAACUUGGGUGCCGCCUGGAAGAACCUUGGUGAUCAUAGAAAGGCAGUCAGCUAUCAUGAACAGGCGCUAGAGAUGAGGCGGAGUAUCUAUGGUGAGGGCAACGCACAUUCUGACAUCGCUUCGUCACUAGGCAACUUGGGUGUCGCCUGGAAGAACCUUGGUGAUUACAGAAAGGCCGUCAGCUAUCAUGAACAGGCGCUAGAGAUGAUGCGGAGUAUCUAUGGUGAGGGCAACGCACAUCCUGACAUCGCCGCGUCACUUAACAACUUCGCUAAUACCUGGAGUGACCUUGGUGAUUACAGAAAGGCAGUCAGCUAUCAUGAACAGGCACUAGAGAUGAUGCGGAGUAUCUAUGGUGAGGGCAACGCACAUCAUGACAUCGCCAAGUCACUUAACAACUUGGGUACCACCUGGAGUCACCUUGGCGAUUACAGAAAGGCCGUCAGCUAUCAUGAACAGGCACUAGAGAUGAGGCGGAGUAUCUAUGGUGAGGGCAACGCACAUCCUGAUAUCACCUCGUCACUUAACAACUUGGGUAAUGCCUGGAUUGGCCUGGGUGAUUACAGAAAGGCCGUCAGCUAUCAUGAACAGGCACUAGAGAUGAGGCGGAGUAUCUAUAUUGAGGGCAACGCACAUCCUGACAUCGCCUCGUCACUUAACAACUUGGGUAAUGCCUGGAGAGACCUUGGUGAUUACAGAAAGGCCGUCAGCUAUCAUGAACAGGCACUACAAAUGAGGCGGAAUGUCUAUGGUGAGGACAUGGCACAUCCUCACAUCGCGAACUCACUUAAAAACUUGUGCCUUGCCUGGAGAGACUUUGGUGAUCGCAGAAAGGCCGCCUCUUACUACGCUCAGUUUACACGGAUAAAGCAGAUGAUUGAUGGGACUUAUAGGCCCUGACAUUGCUAAUAUACUGACGAACUUUUUGUGUCCCAGAAAUCGUUAAAUAGCUACACAGAAAGCAGAAAACAAUGAUUAUGAAUUAUGACGAAUUUAUGUUGUUUUAAAAACCGAAGUGAAGAGCUAUGUUGUUUGUUAUAAAUUGGCCGUGACAUGUUUCCCGUUUUUUUUAAAGAUUGCAAGAUCAAGCAAUGUACAUUUGGAUAUGUAGUAUUGAAGGACCCACAACUGUAUCGUUUUAAAUACCAUCUUAAUUCCACAAUGAUAUUCACCCUCCAUUAACUAACCUAAUAGAAUGUUUGAAACUAGUGAAAACUAUGGUCAUUAUGGUCAAUUAAACCGUAUGGAGAAAUCAUGUAAAAUACAAUAAUUGUAUUUGCUCUAGUUGUUUCAUAAUACAAUUGUUGGCAGAGGUACAAAUGUAUAACAUGACAGUACAACGGCAAGUCAACAAUCAGAAAUAUUUCGACAUGAAACGUUUUAUCGGACAAACUGUUUCCAACAAAGCAUUCCAACUUUAUACGAUCAAUGUGGAUAACUAUGCAGUUAAAUUUCUGUUAAAUCCAAACAAUAAAGGGCUCCAAAUGAUCAUUUCACCUGUAAUAUAUUAUGAGGUUGCUAGA